AUGCCAGUUCCCAUUUGGUUGCCGUAUAUCUAUUGGCAAGAAAAUGAUAGAGACUUUAUCAUUGCUUUAGUAUUUUCGGUUACGGGAAUCGCUACGCUGACAAUACCUUGUGCAUUUACACCAAUUAUUGUGUGGUACCUUCUCUACGCAACUUCACUGAUGAUAGAAGUAUUGGGUCAAAGGCUACAAAGCUUGGGGAACAUUAAAAGAAUUGAGAAGAGCUUCUCCAGCGUGUUUUUCCUUCAAAUAACGUCGAGCGCUAUUUGCUUGUGUAGCAUUGCUUAUUUGAUGGCUGCGACAUCUGAAAAUUUCAACGAUACGGCCAUGUACCUUUCACUUGGAGGCAUUUACACAUUAGACAUAUUUGUGCUGAUAUACUUUGCAAAUGAAAUUUCUCUUAAAAGUGACCGGCUUUCGGGCUGCAUCUAUGAGUCGAACUGGACAUGCAUGCCGUUGAUGUUCCGAAAAUUUAUCGUGAUUAUUGGCGAAAAAUGGAAGAAACCCAAACAGCUGGUUGAAAAUGCACUCGGUAUCACUGUAGUUCCGCAACCCUGA